UUGUCGAUGGUGUCAGUCGAUUGACACUUUGACAGGCUCAGCGGUUGUCAUUAUGACUUCACUAACCCAGACGAUCUAUUCUACAAACAUGUAAUUACAAACCUUGCUGAAGCAUUUUUGUAAUUCUGUAAUGAACUUCUUCAUUAUUGCAGUGCUCCAUACUACAGGUAAAAUUUAUGUCAAAUAAUAUCAACGUAUGUGACGGCAUGUCACUAUGUCCCAUUAUCGAAUUUUGUGUCUUAUGAAGUGGAAAAAUAUGUGCAGCCACCUGUUCUCUCGAAAGCGCUCAUCGUUCAAAAACGUAAAAUUCAAAAUGCAUCGCAACUAUCAUGGAGAGAUUUCUGAAACUUUUUUUUCUGGUGGUAUUUUUGACAGAAGCGAACUUCGCCGCACUGACGAAAACCGCGGAUUGUGGCAACAAACCGCUAACAUACUCGACCAAGAGAAUUGUCGGAGGAGAAGAAGCUGUGGCAGGAGAAUGGCCCUGGAUGGUGGCUUUGUUUCACAGUCAAGGAAAUCAUGAAGCUCCAUAUUUCAAAUGUGGUGCCACCUUAAUCUCUGAGAAAUGGGUUGCCACUGCAGCUCACUGCACCUUGGUUUUACCUCAAAUAUUCUCAGUGAGACUUGGGGAACAUGAUCUUAACGUAAAAGACAAUUAUGAACAAGAUAUUUCAGUGAAGAAUGUCGUAAUUCAUCCAUCGUUUGGAAUCGGAGCAAAAAAUCUAAGCACGGGAAAGAUAGGCCUUUAUGCUGAGCACGAUAUUUCCUUGUUGGAGUUGAGUAAACCAGCGUAUUUCAACGAGAGAGUUUCGCCUGUGUGCGUGGACUCUGGAUUUCCUGACUUCGCUGAAGGUAAAGACUGUUACAUUUCUGGAUGGGGGAACAAGAAACUCCACACGGCAACUGAGCCGAAGUUACUUCAUGUCAGCGUGCCACUUGUGUCCAAAGAAACUUGCAACAAGGAAAAAUCUUACGGUGGAGUAAUUACGGACAACAUGGUUUGUGCAGGUUUUGAGCAAGGUGGUAAAGACACGUGUGAAGGAGACAGCGGAGGUCCCUUACUUUGUGAAAAGGAUAACAAAUGGUAUCUGCACGGUAUAUCUUCAUUUGGACAUGACGCAUGCGCGAUAGCUUAUAAAUAUGGCGUAUACACGCGAGUGUCACAGUUUAAGAAAUGGAUCAAAGAUGUGACAGGUAUAGACUGUUAACAAAUGGUAUUUUUAGCUUUUCAAGGAAGAACCCUGUCUGUAUAUUAGUGGUGUCUAGGAAUCUUGCAUUGUAAAAGAUAAUAGUUUUUUACAUAAUGAGAUUUUUUUUUCUGAAAUCAUUUUAAUGUUAACAAUAAAAUCUUAACCAGUUAA